AAGCGGCAGAGUCGCACGUGUUAGCGCGCAUUCGGUGUUUUAUUCUCCCCUCCUUUUGACAUAGUCGCGAUAAUUAUAAGUGUAGGCGUGUUAAUUGGAAAAUAAGUGAAUCUCAUUCAAAAUAAAUUACGUAUACGCUCCACGCUACAUUUUCCGUAGUUGAGAUAUAAACAUACAUACAUACACGUAUACAUGGCUAUGAAAACAAAAACAUCCUCAGCAAGCACAAUGAUGACUCAAAAACAGCAAUAUAAACAGCAACAACAAAACGAACAACAAGCAAACUCGAGUUUCUCACAUCGGCGGCAUCUUCAUUUCGGAUCAUCGCUAUUUCACCUACAAACCGUUACAAUCUCAUUGGUUGUUAUUAUUUUCGGAUUAUUUUGCGCUGCGAUUUGUGUCAGUGGGCAAGUUGAUGGCUACAUAGCGGGCGUUGAUUAUCCUGCUUAUGAAUCGGUGCCAAAAGGACUUUCAUUUAAGUGCAGAAACCGAUUACCCGGCUAUUAUGCAGAUACGGAGACUCGGUGUCAGGUCUGGCAUUGGUGCCUACAUUCCGGUCAUCAGUACUCAUUUAUAUGUCCCAACGGCACUGUAUUCAAUCAAGCCGUACGUGUAUGCGACUGGUGGACAAAUGUCAAUUGUCCAGUAGCUGAGCAAUUGUAUAAUAACAACGAUGAGCUCUACCGGACCACUGAACCGAAUCCGGAGCAGCAGAACCUCUGAUAUAAGGCCAUUCAUAUCAAUCAAACCAGUUUAUUGAGCCAACAGAGACAAAAUUCGCAAAUACAACAACAAACAAAACAGCAGCAGCAGCGGCAGCAA